AUGGCAGUACGAGCAGACUGGAGGUGCCUCGCAGCGUCUGUGUUAAUCCUGACGUCAGCAGCUUCGCCAGUGGCCGCUAGCUCAGAAGCCGCGACGCCUGCCCGCAGCCCGGCCAGCGCGCCAGCAGGAGAGGCGACGCCCCGGCCCGGCGGCCAGCCGACGCCGCUGGAGUCCGCCGCACAGUGGGCGACGGCGCGCCUCUCGUGGCUGGCGGACGCCGCGCAGGACGCGGCCGACGCUGUGCUGGAACUGCCGCGGCAGCUGCUGCUGCUGCCCAUCCGGCUCGGCUACUACCCCGGCCUCAAGAGGGAGCAGGACGAGAUUCCGGAGCUGGUGCGCUUCCCCUGCUGGCGGGAGGUGGCGGCGGCGAGGAACUCCUCCGGCGGAGACGUGCCGGGCAGCGUGCACCGGCUGCGGCCGCAGGACAUCGCCGUCAUCGCCGCGCUGGGGGACAGCAUCACCGCCGCCAACGGCGCCAUGGCCUACACCGAGGACGAGACGCGCCUCAACUACAGGGGCGUCUCCGCCAUGGGAGGAGGUCGCGGCACUUGGAGGCGCUACCUGACGCUGGCCAACAUCAUGCGCGAGUUCAACCCGCGCCUGAGGGGCUUCGCGCUGCGGCCGGCCGAGACGGGCACGCCGCUGGCGGGGCUCAACCUGGCCGAGAACGGCGCCCUGGACGACUCGCUGGUCCACCAGGCGCGCCGGCUCGUGCUCAUGCUGCGCAGGGACCCCUUCGUCGAUGUGGGCAAGCACUGGAAGCUUGUGAACAUCCUGAUCGGCGGCAACGACCUGUGCAACGAGUAUUGCCACGUGGACGACGGCAAGGACUCGGCCGACGGGCACCGGCAGCAGCUGGAGGCGGCCCUGCUCUACCUCAAGCGCCACCUGCCGCGCACACUCGUCAACAUCAUUCACAUCCCCAACCUGCUGCAGCUGCGCGACAUGCAGAACGUGCCCGUGGUUUGCCACGUGAAGCAGCUGGUGCUGUGCUCCUGCCUGUUCGGUGGCGCCGAGCGCGUCAAGGCGACGUCCGUCGCGGCGCUGCUGCAGGGCUACUGGGACGCCGAGCGACAACUGGCGCUGGAUGAUCGCUUCGAGAACGAAGAGUUCGCGGUGGUGCUGCAGCCGUUCUUCCUGGGCGUGGAGAGUCCCGCUGACGUGAACACGUGGUUCGGCGCGGCGCCAGACCUCAGCUACUUCGCGCCUGACUGCUUCCACUUUAGCCAGAAAGCUCACGCCCUCAUCGCCAACGCGCUGUGGAACAACAUGCUGGAGCCCGUCGGCAACAAGACAGAGGGCUGGCGGCCUCUGAUGCAGCGCUUCCUGUGCCCCUCUGCGGAGGCGCCCUACUUCUUCACCCGCAACAACUCCAACAAGUUCUUUGAUACCGGACGGCAGUAGCACCUUGUAAAGGCCAUAUAUCACUUAGGGAGGGAAAAGGUCAAGCACUUAGAGGUUUAACUGAGAUUUAUAGGGCUGCCUCUCUUACUACUGCCAGCUGCGGACAUCUAGUGGAAUUCACUUUCACCUGUUGAUGCUAACCACAACAUUCUUCUAGCGAACAAAAGACGUAAUUGUGGCUGACACAACAGGAGGAAACCAGCAUAAUUUAUUCUGCAAUCAAGGCUGCAGGUAAAGAAUGGAAAACCAAACGAUGAUCAUUUAGUCAUAUUAUCUACUGUGUAUGUAAUGACACAAAGGCUAACAGUUUCCGAUCUAUA